UUAAAUUCACAGAAGCAAACUGCCAAAAGGUGUGCUUUGCUGACCUCAAGCAUCCCUGCUACAAAAUGGCCUAUUUCCACGAACUGUCCAGCAGAGUGAGCUUUCAGGAGGCGCGCCUGGCUUGUGAGAGUGAAGGCGGCGCUCUGCUCAGCCUUGAGAACGAAGCAGAACAGAAGUUGAUAGAAAGCAUGUUGCAAAACUUGACAAAACCAGGAACAGGGAUUUCUGAUGGUGAUUUCUGGAUAGGGCUUUGGAGAAAUGGAGAGGGACAAACUUCCGGUGCCUGCCCAGAUCUGUACCAGUGGUCUGAUGGAAGCAGUUCCCAGUACCGAAACUGGUAUACAGAUGAACCUUCCUGUGGAAGUGAGAAGUGUGUGGUGAUGUAUCAUCAACCAACAGCCAACCCUGGCCUCGGAGGUCCCUACCUUUACCAGUGGAAUGACGACAGGUGCAACAUGAAGCACAAUUACAUCUGCAAGUAUGAACCAGAGAUUUUUCCAACAGUUCCUGUUACAAAUCAACCAGGGGACACCCAUCAAAAUGUGGUUGUCACUGAAGCAGGCAUAAUUCCCAAUCUAAUUUAUGUUGUUAUACCAACGAUUCCACUGCUGCUAUUGAUAUUGGUAGCUUUUGGAACCUGCUGUUUCCAGAUGCUGCAUAAAAGUAAAGGAAGAACCAAAACUAGUCCAAACCAGUCCACACUGUGGAUUUCAAAAAGCACCAGAAAAGAAAGUGGCAUGGAAGUAUAGUAAUUCAUUAACUUGGCUCCAGAAAAGAAAACAGAAAUUUAUAAUUCUGGAUCUGUAUAAGGAAUGGCAUCAGAAUAUUAGCUUGGAAUGGCUUGAAAUC